AUGGCUUUCAGCAUGAAGCUUUUACCUAGCAGGUUGACCCUGUUGGCCGUUCUAUGCCUUAUUCAAUGGGUGUCUUGUCUUCCUGGCAGUGCACAAGAUACAAUCAACAGUACUACUAGUGCUGCUCAGAAUGCUGGUAAUACCGUGCAAUUUGAGAUUACUCUUACAUGGGAAGAGGGAGAGGUCGCGGGUUCGAAAAGAAAGAUGAUCUUGACCAAUGGCCAGUUCCCUGCUCCUACUUUGCAGUUGAAGCAGGGUGAUGAUGUUGAAUUCCGCUUGAAUAAUAAGCUUCCUUUUGCGACAACAAUUCACUUCCAUGGCAUUGACCAACAGGGCACGCCGUGGUCGGAUGGUGUCCCUGGACUUUCGCAAAGACCUAUCCAGUCUGGUGACCAUUUUCUCUACAAGUGGAAAGCAACAAGCUAUGGAGCCUAUUGGUAUCACGCUCACACCCGAGGUCAGAUUGAGGAUGGUCUCUACGGGGCCAUUUCCAUUCAACCGGACGACUCUGUGGAACGACCCUUUAGUAUGAUCACGGAUGACCAAGAGGAGCUCCAUGCGAUCCUCGAGGCAGAAAAGAAUACAAAGCCUAUGAUUCUGUCGGACUGGCACACUAUGACGUCGGAGCAAUUUUGGAAGGCUGAAGAGGUUACCGGGCUCGACGGUUAUUGUGUUAAUGCCAUGCUGAUCAAUGGCAAAGGCUCUGUACAGUGUCUUCCCCGGGAUGUCAUCAACGAAUACACCACUCCUGCGCAGAAAGCCUCACUUGGAAACGCCACUUUGACGGAUUUGGCAUGCUUCCCUCCAAUCGCAGCAACUGAAGGAAACUUCACUCACUAUGAUAUUCUUAGUCCCCAGGGAUUUUUUGAAGGCUGCACGCCGAGCCAGGGGCCGACUGAAGUGCUCGAGGUGAACCCUGCUGCAGGCUGGGUGAGCUGGGAUUUGAUUUGCGCGGCAGGCGUUUCGGCGCCCAUGUUCUCAAUCGACGAGCACCCCAUGUAUGUCUACGCCAUCGAUGGACGCUACGUCGAGCCCAUGAGGGUGGAUGCUGUUUUGUUACACAUCGGUACUCGCUACUCAGUCAUGGUGAAAUUGGACAACCUCGCAGGUGAUUAUACCAUCCGCUCCGCGAACCAGGGCGUCAACCAGAUCGUCAAUGCCACAGCGGUCAUGUCGUAUGCGUCGCCAGUCAAAACUCAAAAAGGACCAUCUAAGCCAUAUAUCAAUAUGAUCGGGGUCAACACCACCCAGGACACUGUCAUCUUGGACGAAGCCAAGGUGGUUCCGUUUCCCGUUGAGGUUCCAUCCAUGGACGUCGACCAAACAUUCUUUGUGGAAAUUCAGCGCUAUAAUGCUUCCUACCGGUGGACAUUGGGGAACAGCAGCUUUCCUCUCUCGGCGGAAAAAGUCCCAACACCCUUACUCUUCAACCAAAGCGCCAUCCCCCAGGAUCUCACUCUCAGAACCCACAAUGGCACCUGGGUUGACGUGUUGAUUCACAUGACAGGAGGCCUCCAACCGCCUCACCCCAUCCACAAACACUCGAACAAGUACUUUGUGAUCGGACGGGGAUCCGGAGUUUUCUCAUACACGUCCGUAGCGGAAGCAAUGACGCACAUCCCUGAAAGCUUCAACUUCAAGAACCCGCAAAUGCGCGAUACCUUUCCCACCUUGCCUGUUACUGCGGAAACCACCUGGAUGGCUAUUCGGUACCAUGUCGUCAAUCCUGGUCCAUUCCUACUUCAUUGCCAUAUCCAGGCGCAUCUGAGCGGUGGCAUGGCCAUGGCACUUUUGGACGGGGUAGAUGCCUGGCCAGAAGUUCCACCGGAAUACGAGUUGCCGGUGUCAGCGAAUUAA